AUGGUUACCCGAGCUGUCGACGAUAUUCCCACUCUCUCCCAGCUCUAUCGGGACACAAAUUCUCCUCUCUCCGCGGCCGCCUCCAAGUCGACCUCUAGCUCUUUUACUCCAGAUGGCUCUCUCAAUGACCGCAUCGGCUUGACCCAGGGAGAUAUCACCAAGUUGAAACUCGAUGCCAUCGUCAAUGCUGCCAACAGGCGACUCCUUGGCGGUGGUGGCGUCGAUGGCGCCAUCCAUGCCGCUGCAGGUCCCGAGCUAGCUAAGGAAUGCCGACCGCUUGGUCCUAUUGAGACUGGCGACGCUGUUAUUACCAAGGGUUACAACCUUCCUGCUAAGCAUGUUAUCCACACCGUCGGUCCUGUCUACGGCAUGAACGACACUCCCGAAGAGAGCCUUGCCAGGUGUUAUCACGAGAGUCUGAAAGUUGCCGUCAACAAUGGCGUGAAGACCGUCGGAUUCAGUGCUAUCAGCACAGGUGUCUACGGAUUCCCCAACGAGUCGGCCGCUGAGAUCGCUUGCGAGACCGUGAGGGAGUUCCUUGAAAGUGAAGAGGGAAGCAAACUCUCUCGAGUUGUGUUCGUCACAUUUAUGCCCGUCGAUGUCAAAGCGUACGACAAGACGAUUCCAAAAGUUUUCCCUCCUGCGAACUAA